AUGAGCUGCUUCUCAUCGAUGCUCCUCUUGGUGCUCGUCGCCUCGGCGAUUCUCGUCGAGUCUCGUGUCUUCCGUUUCGAAAUGCCUUCCGAUCGUAUUCAGGAGCAGAAGAGGGAUGGUGCCGACGUGUCGUUCGACUAUGACGCCAACCAAAUCAUCCGAAACACGAUGAAACGCAACCGUCAAUGCCUUCUCAACGCGGGACUCUCGCAGGGAUGCGAUCUCUCGGAUCUCCUCCAAUCACAGACUCAGGCUCGCAAGUUCAUGAGCUUCGCCGGACCGGGAAAGUGA